AUGUCGCCUCAGGAACCAAUAGACGUUCCCUCAUUUGCGACGACUCAGCUUGCGCUUCUGGAUCAAGAGCUGCAGAGCGAAAUCCAGGAAACGAGCUCUCUCAUCUCCAACCACAGCCCUACGGGUCUGCAGCGCGCUGGUCUGGCCAUCACGAAUCUUACCAUCGCUUCGCAGAGGACAGGGUUGGGAGGCAAGACGGUGCUGGAACUGAGUCCUGAUAGUGCAACCUCAAGCACGGGAGAGCUGCCCGAACAUGGCAUCCGGACGGGAGACAUCGUCCUGGUUGCGGAACAGCCGGCGGGAAGCGCAAAGAAGAGAGAAGUCAAGGAGCUCGAGAGAAAGGGCGCCAGGGGUGUGGUGACGAAGGUGCAGAGGGCAGCUGUGAAUGUUGCACUGGAUGAAGGUAAAGACGAAGUCGUGUUUGCGGGGAGAGUCUGGAUGGUGAAGUUGGCAGAUGAGGUUACAUAUCGACGCAUGAACCAGACAAUGGAAAAGCUACAGAAGAUGGGGGAGGCAGAGUACUCGAGUUUUAUAAGAGUGCUGUUUGGGCUGUCAAGCCCUUCUCCAGUGCCGCGGGACCUGACGACGAGUGACGAGGUUGGAAAUAUUGAGUGGAUAGACCCAACAUUGAACGAUUCACAAAAGGAUGCCAUUCGGUUUGCUUUGGCAUCUCGAGAGGUGGCUCUCAUUCACGGCCCUCCUGGGACAGGCAAGACUCAUACGCUGAUAGAGCUGAUUCUGCAAAUGAUUAAGCGUGAACAGAGAAUACUAGUCUGUGGCCCAUCCAACAUUUCUGUUGACAACAUUGUGGAACGACUUUCUCCACACAAAAUACCCAUCCUUCGUCUGGGCCAUCCUGCCCGGCUCCUGCCCUCCGUUCUCAACCAUUCUCUAGACGUUCUCACGCAGACCUCUGAGGCUGGGGCGAUAGUCAAGGAUGUCCGUGUUGAGAUGGAUGCAAAACAGGCAUCGAUCAAGAAGACUAAGAGUGGCAAGGAGCGAAAAGCCAUAUACACUGAUUUAAAGGAGCUACGCAAAGAAUAUAGGGAGAGGGAGAGGAGAUGCGUUAGCAAUCUCGUUGGUGGCAGCAAGGUUGUCCUCGCAACACUUCACGGGGCGGGAGGUUUUCAGCUGAGGAAUGAGCAAUUUGACGUGGUCAUCAUUGACGAGGCGAGCCAGGCCCUGGAGGCACAAUGUUGGGUUCCGCUGCUGUCGGCGAAGAAGGCUGUCUGUGCUGGUGACCACUUGCAGCUGCCGCCAACAAUCAAGUCUCUCAAUUCAAAGGUUAAAGCAAAGACUAAAGGGGGAGAUGAUAAUGCGUCGCCUGUCAUCAGGGGCAUGACUCUCGAGACAACUCUCUUUGACCGGCUUUUGGCCCUGCAUGGACCGUCCAUUAAACGCAUGCUUACGACGCAAUAUAGAAUGCAUGAGAAGAUUAUGCGUUUCCCAUCAGACGAGCUGUACGACUCGGAGCUUAUAGCGGCCGAUGCGGUAAAAGCACGACUGCUAAAAGAUUUGGAGUAUGACGUUGAGAACAGCGAAGACACAUCUGAGCCAGUCAUCUUCAUCGAUACCCAGGGGGGCGAUUUCCCAGAGCGCAACGAAGAUGACGAUAAAGAGAACCCAAGAAAGGGUAGCCUGCACGGGGAGAGCAAGAGUAACGAGAUGGAAGCAGCGCUGGUUCGCCUGCAUGUAAAGCAGCUGGUCGAGGCCGGCGUCCGACCCGAGGAUAUCGCCGUCGUCACCCCGUACAAUGCACAGCUUGCUGCGCUUGCCUCGUUGAAGGAGAAGUUUCCGGGCAUUGAACUCGGGAGUGUGGAUGGCUUUCAGGGGCGCGAGAAGGAGGCUGUGAUUGUGAGCCUUGUGCGCAGCAACCCUGAUGGCGAGGUGGGCUUCUUGGGAGAGAAGCGACGACUUAACGUCGCCAUGACCCGUCCUAAGCGGUCAUUAACCGUCAUUGGAGACUCCGAGACGGUGAAGAGGGGGAGCAAGUUUUUGAAAAAGUGGAUGGAGUUUUUGGAGGAGAAUGCUGAUCUGAGGUAUCCUGAUAUUGCAGAGGUUAACCGAGAGUGA